GGACCACCUCUCCGAGGACCCUGGAAAUGGCAAGCAGCCCCUGAGUUCGCGCAUGUGCAGUGCUGCAAGCGCGCCGUUGGGCGCCCUUCCCCCACCUCCAGCCGCGAGUGGGUGUCAGCGCCCCCGUCUCCGCGCGUCUUCGCCGCCCCGCGCCGCGACCCGGCGUGGCACUGAGCCACGAGUGGAGGCUGCGCCCCUCCAGUUCUGCCUUCAUAGUUCCCUGCCUUUGCCCCCAAACUGCAGAAAAUGAACAAAUCCCAGGGAUCAGUUUCAUUCACGGAUGUGACUGUCGACUUUACCCAGGAGGAAUGGGAACAGCUGGACCCCUCUCAGAGGAUCCUGUACAUGGAUGUGAUGCUGGAGAAUUAUAGCAACUUACUUUCAGUGGAAGUGUGGAAGGCUGAUGACCAGAUGGAGAGAGACCACAGAAAUCCAGAUGAGCAGGCAAGGCAAUUUGUAAUUCUUAAGAACCAAACCUCAAUUGAGGAAAGAGGCAGUAUCUUUGGGAAAACACUUAGUCUGAAUACAGACUUUGUUUCUUUAAGACAAAUACCCUAUAAAUAUGACUUAUAUGAAAAAACUUUGAAAUAUAAUUCAGACUUACUCAAUAGUAAUAGAAGCUACACAAGAAAGCAAGCUGAUGAGUGUAAUGAAUUUGGAAAAGCACUUCUCUAUCUGAAGCAAGAGAAAACCCGUCCUGAAGCAGAAUAUUCUGAGUAUAAUAAAGGUGGAAAAGCCCUUAGCCAUAAAGCAGCCAUUUUUAAACAUCAGAAAAUUAAAAACUUGGUUCAACCUUUUAUUUGUACUUACUGUGACAAGGCCUUCUCUUUUAAGUCUCUUCUCAUUAGUCAUAAGCGAAUACAUACUGGAGAAAAACCAUACGAAUGUAAUGUAUGUAAGAAAACUUUCUCUCAUAAGGCAAACCUCAUCAAACAUCAGAGAAUUCAUACUGGAGAGAAACCCUUUGAAUGUCCUGAAUGUGGAAAAGCUUUCACCCACCAGUCAAACCUCAUUGUACACCAGAGAGCACAUAUGGAGAAGAAGCCUUAUGAAUGUAGUGAAUGUGGAAAGACAUUUGCCCAAAAGUUUGAACUCACUACACACCAGAGAAUUCAUACAGGAGAGCGACCCUAUGAGUGUAAUGAAUGUGCAAAAACCUUCUUUAAGAAAUCAAACCUUAUUAUACAUCAGAAAAUUCACACGGGUGAGAAACGCUAUGAGUGCAGUGAAUGUGGAAAGUCCUUCAUCCAGAACUCACAACUCAUUAUACAUAUGAGAACUCAUACAGGAGAGAAACCCUAUGAAUGUACUGAAUGCGGCAAAACUUUCAGCCAAAGGUCAACCCUUAGGCUGCAUUUGCGAAUCCAUACAGGAGAGAAACCUUAUGAGUGUUCUGAAUGUGGGAAGGCCUUCAGCAGGAAGUCUCGACUCAGUGUCCAUCAGAGAGUGCAUAUAGGGGGCAAACCCUGAGGCUGCAACCAGGUUGUGCUGUGGAAAACCCUUCCACUGGAACCCUUCUAGUGGGCUGGGCAAGAAACCUCAUGAAAGUAUUGAAGGAACAUGGGAAUUCACACGGAUACAAUUUCUCAACUCAAAAAAUGUGUAAAAAAUAGCUAUACUAGAUGUGACAUGAUACCCAGCUAAAGAAUACAUAUCAGAAUAUAUCCAACUGUAAAUAGACAUACUCAGCUCUAUUACAAUGAGCUUUUAAAAAUCUGAAGUGAACUGAGUAUUCUAAGCAGCAGCAUAAAGGAUAUACAAACAUUACCCUAGAAAUGUAGUGGUUAUGUGAGUAUAUCACAAAACACAAGUUGUAUGUUUUAGAUCUGCACAUGUGAAUUUAGCGUAAUCACUGGAAGUUUGAAAUUCUUGUCCUUUAGGACAUAUGAAACAAAAUUUUCCAUACUAAACAUCACAUGUAUUUUUCAGUACCUCUGCAACCCCAUAGGCAUUCCAAAUGAAAUAUGUAACAGAUUUUAAAGUAGCAUGUAAUCUGUGUCUCUUCCUCCUGCUUGCUGGCAUAUGUAAGUUGGACCGUUAUUGAGCUGCGUCUUUACUACAGAAAAAUCGUUGUUUUGCCUGCUUCUGGUUUGCUGAAGAUUUUCUAGAAGCAUUAUUUACAUAAAUAUGCAAGUGUGAAAUAAUUAAGAGAUCUAGAAUGUGAAAGGAGGCAGAUGUGGGCUGGAUUACUCAGUAUGCACCACAGAAUAAACAAUAAACACAGAAACCACCCAUUUUUAUUUGUAUUUCCCUGUUUCUCUUGAUGUUUUAUGAAAUUUUUGCAAAAAAUAACCAACGUGAUAAGAUGCGUAUAUAGUUCACAAAUGUUACAUUUCAGAGACUAGAGGAAAAAUAAUUUUAAAAAACUGUCAAGAGUUGUUUAAUUGCUUUUUAAAUUUUCUGUAUUCAUAACCCACUUUAGAAAUGAAUUUUUGCAAUAUUCUAUUUAAAGGAGGCGUUUCUACUUCCUUGAGUUUCACUCUUGUCAACCUAAAACAUUUCCCUUUAGAACCUGACUUAGUAUAAAUUAUUCUUUCCUUUCCUUUCCAUGCUUAUACUUUUAGACUUUUCAGUGAUCUCCAUAUAUUGUUUGAUGAUUAACAUAAAUUUUUUUU